UCUCUAUAUCUAAGGUUUUCUGUCAUUCCCGAAGUUAUUGUCCUAUGUUCUAUGUUGCAACAUUUAUUUUGUCGUGUUUUAAAAUUUUGCAUUUUCGGUGAAAAUAAACCGUUUAAACUCUGCUUUAAUUUGUGGAUAGCAUUACGCAAAUAGUUCACACACUUAGUUUUUCGUCCUUUUAAUUGGUGUUGAAAGAAAUGGAUUUGUACGAGGAAGAUGAACAAAUUAUUAGCAGUGAUGACGAAUAUAGUGAAGAUGAUGAUGAUGCUCUCAUGAAUGAUGCUAUCAGAGCCCAGCAAAGCUAUAAAGCAAGGAACGUUCCUUCACUAAGUGCGAGCUGUAGAGAAAAGCCUAACUGGUGCAUCGAUCGAAAACAAAAGCAACUUAGCUCCCUCAUACGGAGGAAUAAGAUUUUCAUUAUUUACAAGAACAAAUCUAUAAAAUGGUUGAAUAGUAAGAAACAACGAGAAAAGUAUAAAGAUCAAAUCAUCAAAAACACCAAUCAAGAUAUGGGAAAUAAUACAAAAAGUUCGCAGCUACAAAUAGCAAAUGAUUGGAAACUGGGGUCAACAAAAUCAGCUGUCGAAAAGCAAAACGUUGUGCGCUUAGAAGAAGACGAAAAUAAUUAUAACAACAACAGGAAUGGGGUGAAAAUUGAUUCAAGCGAUUUAUCGAUAGAAAGGAAAUGCCCAUCAAAUCCAAACGAAGAAUAUUCGUCCAGUCUAAUGCCUCCGAAAAAAUGUUUAUCCAUAUCUGUGACUACCCAAACUCAAGAUAUUCUAAAAGGAAUAAAAGCAAAUUGCCAAUCAAGCCAGACUGAGACGCCCAAAAAAAGAGCUAGAUCCUACAGUCCCAUCGCCUUUGUCAAUAAAGAAGAACGCGAAAACAGCGAGAAGCGAUUUAAGCCUGAAAGUUCACAAUUUUACAAUAGAAUUAAUGAGCUGUUUCCUGCAUUUGACGGUGUUGCUAAGAACCACAUUGAACACAAAACGAAUAAUAAUUUAUUAGCAACGGAAAAUGAAAUGAAAAUACUUUUAAAUGAAAUUAAUGCUCUUAAUGAUAUACUUCAUACAAAAGAAGUGGACUGGAAUCGAACAUUGCACUUAAAAAUUGUUAAAAAAGAGAUAUAUUUGCGUUUAAUGAAGAAGAAAAAUAUUCUGGAAAUGAACGAAUCUUUAAGUAAAACUUGCAGUCAAAAAUCGUUGUUGGAACUUAAGGAGUUAGAUAUGUAUUUAUCUGAAAAAAAUAGCACGACGAGCACAGUUAACAUCCCUACCAUCCAACAAAUAAUAGAAAACCGUGCUAAUAUGAAUACAGAAGAUUUGGAACGAGAAAAGAAAAACACUAGCAGACUCCACAGCCUACUGAUGUCCCGAAAUAUGUUGCCAGAUGUGGAGUCUGUUGAAAAUAAAGUUUGCACUAACGGAGAUGUUAAUAUAAACUGUAAUGACGUAAUAUUAAAGUUAAAUGCAUAUCAACGCCUUAAGAACCUACCGUUACUGGAUCAAGAAGUUGCAAAUUUAAGGCCAAAAAUAACUAAUUUAACACAUGACAAAAAUAUCAUUCAACAAUCUAAGCAUAUGCCUUUUUCAAACCAAGACAAUUUUCCAACUCGAGAGAAUGUUAAAACUACUCCAACUGGAAUCUUCAAAAAAAAAGUAAUUGGACAGGAGCUGCCGUAUACACCUGGUAGUCUGCACGAUCAGUAUAACGUCUUUGUGGAGGAAAGCAAUAUUAAGAGGGAUGGAAAACGAGUUGCUAUUAGUUCACCAAAAACUAUUCAAUACCCAUAUUGUCAACAAUGUAACAUUCAUGAAUCUCGUUUUGUUUGCGCAGGAUGUGGCAACCAGUGGUAUUGCAGUAAAGAAUGUCAGAUUUCUGCAUGGGAUAAGCACUCCGAGAUUUGCACAGAAUGAACACCCGAACACCCCGUGUAAUUGGGAUAAAUGGAAUCGAUCAAUUCUAUCGAAUUGUAUUACAUAGUUUUAUUAUUUAGUAAGUUUAAAUAUAAAAAAUGCUAGCACCGUUGUUCACAAAACUUAAUGCAGCCUUAAAAUAGUUGUAUUUUACAGAUUUCCUUUAUAGAACUGUCCAAUAAACUUACUUUAAAGCUGUAUCAUGUUUCGCGUAUACGGCCGUAAAUAUAAAACAGCCUUUAUAAAAAUGAGGCUUGCGUAUUA